GUUUAUUAUAGAUAUCAUAUCAAUUUCAUCGUUGCAUGUUUUAGAAAUUUGACACGAUCUUUUGUAAAUCCUUGUUGAAGGCGGAAGUUAUGUUUUGUGCAUACCACAAAGGAGUGAAGUAAUGGCAAAUCAAGUCGACAGUACACACGAAGCAAACAUCAAGGAAAUAUUCUCCGUGUUUGAUGUGGAAAAUGCUGGUACAAUUAACAGAGAUGAUCUAGAAACUGCAAUAAGAUGUCUUGGACGGACACCAACUGAUGGGGAUAUUGCAGAGUUAGAUGAUGGUAAGGGAAAAGUGAGUGAGGCAAAAUUCCUCACUUUAAUGAAAAGAAAACUGAAUGAAGAAGAAGGGGAUGAGGAUAUAUAUGAAGCUUUCAGAGUAUUCGAUAAGGAGGGGUAUGGUAUAUUAAGUGCUGCUAACCUCAGAAAUGCCAUGACAAAUUUGGGUGGUGGACUUACUACAAAGGAAGCAAAUGAUAUCUUACAAGAUGCUGAUAUUAAUAUUGUCGAUGGGCACGUCGACUAUAAAGAUUUGAUCGAAGUUAUGUCAUCAAGUUGAAGGACCGAUUGUUUGUGUCUCCGUUAACGCUUAAAAGUAGUUUUGUUUUUCUUCUUAACACUAUUAAUUAUUCAUUAUUUAAAUUCUGGAAAGGUGAUUAAUAUAAACAAAAAGAAAAAAUAGCUGAACUCAUUGCAGACUCAAUUUUCCCGUGUCUUAUCAUCACACCCAUUAGGCGGCCUUGGCAGUAUUCAGCACAAAAAAGUAUUAAAAGACAAACCAGGAAAAUUAAGCUGAAGCACGUACUAAUAUUCUACAGCUGCAACACAGCUGUUAAAAAUAUCUGAGACGCGUCACGACAGAACCAACAUAGUGCGUUUGCGACCAGCAUGGAUCCAGACCAACCUGCGCAUCCGCGCAGUCUGAUCAGGAUCCUUGCUGUUCACUUUCAGUUUCUCCACUUGUAAUAGAGUUAGUAAGCGAACAGCAUGUAUCCUGAUCAGACUGCUGGUCUGGAUCCAUGCUGGUCGCUAAGGCACUAUUUUGGUUUUGUCGUGACGCGGCUCAUCUUAUUCUGGAAAGAGAAGAUCCCUCGCGAGCAAUUAUAUAAGAAACGAAAGUUGAAAAUGAUAGACUCCGAUUUAUUGAAAUAUGAUAAACAAGAUCAACAAGGAAAGGCGGCGUUCAAUGAACUUGUGAACUAAACCCCACAGAACCCAGCACAAGGAGCACACGAGGACGAGUCUGUUCAAGAAAAUAAACAUGUUUAAUAAAUAUGAAGUUUAUUUUUAUUUUAUUGUUAAUCGUAUUAUCGUUUGUCUAAUGUUGCUCAAUAAAAAGACGCAAUUA